UUUAAUUGCUAAACUAUUGUAGAUUGGGUUAAGGAAUGAUCAUUGAUUUAAUUCAGCUAUUAAUGAUUUUGGUGUUAGCUGCAAAAUGUUGAAUAACGUAAUGUAGAAUAACGCUUUGAUAUGUUCAGCACAACAAUAGGCUAAUUAUCCCUGGUAGGCUAAUCGUAACCAAGGCACCUUGAAUGUUCAAUGCGUAUUUGAACAGUGAUAAGCCUACAUUUCGUUACACAAAGUGCUUCAGAAAACUCUCGAAUUGUGGGCAGCCGAUUGUGCUGCACGUCUCCAGGAACCGCGGCUAACAGAAGGAGCCUUGUUGACUUUGCAGUAAAACUGGACAAAUGUUUAUAUGCAUCUUUACAAAAUGGGGGCGACCGGAUCAGCGGCUUGAACAAACUCGGCAAAACAGGCGGGCUAUAGCUAAUGACCAUCGAAAGAGCUGUGACCGCGGCAGACGCACAUUUGCAGUCACUGGGAAGCUGUGUGACUCUGAUGUCUGUCCGCUAUGUGUGACGUACGAACCACACUGACCCGCUCGCCCUGUCCCGGGCCGUUUCUACGACAGCAACAUCCCACAGCUGGAACGCUGCCCCCGGCCCCACGUUGUUUCAGCACCAGCGUCUGGUGACUCAGGCAAAAAGCCAGCGGACAAUACCAUUUUUUUCUUCUGGAACUUGUCUUGGAUUCAUGUCAAAAACACCCUUCGCAUCCCUUGUCUUCCAUAGCACAAUAAAUAAUGCGGGAAAGGCCGUUUUGUUGUGUGUGUCCACACAGAUUCUUUCUUUGGCUGGGGGUAGGCGGAAAUCGAGGCGUUUGAUCUGAAUUCUAAAGAGUUUUGUUUGCCGGGAGAAAGGGCACCAUUGUAUGUAAAUAGUUUAUAUAAGAGCAUAUGACUUCUGCAGCGCAGGGUAGCGGCUAGUGUCAGGGAAUUCAUUUGCAAUUUUCAAAGGCAUGGUGUUCUCCUCAACUGAGCCUUUCACUAAAAAUAGGCCCACUUUUCGGAUGUUUAUCCACACAUUUUUGGAUGUAAUUGAGAACCACCUCACCUGAAGAUGUUCCUUGAUGUCCUGGCUGUGCUGGCAAGUCAGACCCAACGAACACCCAAGUUUCCUCUGGCAUUGCACAAUGUUCCUGACAACCUGCUGUGGAAAUAACCAGAAUUUAUUCAGGAAUCUUCUCAUGGAGUAUGAUCUACCUGAAUGACACACUUUCUGGGAGAUUGUGGGAUUUUAAUAUCUUUCCUUCGGAGGCCUGUUGCGGCUUAUGUUUGACAGAGAUGAACUGCAUUGCAGGUUGUUGCUGACUCAUCUUCGGAGGCUACAAGGACUAAAUGGUUUUUCAAAUUUAAUUGGACAGUGUCUAACAGAAAUACCAUCUUGAUGCCAAACGUGGGAGUGACCUUUGAACUUACCUGGAAGCGAAAAUGAACUGGGCGUCCUUUUAUGCCGUGAUCAGCGGCGUAAACAGGCACUCCACGGGCAUCGGCCGCAUCUGGCUGUCCGUCCUCUUCAUCUUCCGCAUCCUGGUGCUGGUGGUGGCGGCCGAGAGCGUGUGGGGCGACGAGAAGACCGGCUUCACCUGCAACACCCAGCAGCCCGGCUGCAACAGCGUCUGCUACGACCAGUUCUUCCCCAUCUCGCACAUCCGCCUGUGGGCCCUGCAGCUCAUCCUGGUCUCCACCCCGGCCCUGCUGGUGGCCAUGCACGUGGCCCACCGUCGCCACGUCGACAAGAAGCUCCUCAAGCUGUCGGGCCGUGGCGCCAGCGCCAAGGACGUGGAGGAGAUCAAGAGCCAGAAGUUCAAGAUCACCGGCGCCCUCUGGUGGACGUACAUUGUUAGCAUCGUUUUCCGCAUCGCCUUCGAGGCCGCCUUCAUGUACCUUUUCUACCUCAUCUACCCCGGCUACAAGAUGCUGCGGCUGGUCAAGUGCGACUCGUACCCGUGCCCGAACACGGUGGACUGCUUCGUCUCCCGGCCCACGGAGAAGACCAUCUUCACCAUCUUCAUGCUGGCGGCGUCGGGCGUGUGCGUCCUGCUGAACGUGGCCGAGCUGGCCUACCUGGUGGGCCGGGCCUGCGUCCGAAACCUCCGGCGCACGGAGGCCCCGCCCAAGGGCGUGUGGCUGUCCCAGAAGCUCUCCUCCUACCGGCAGAAUGAGAUAAACCAGCUGAUCGCCGAGCACUCUCUCAGGGCCAAGCUCAGCGGAACCCGCCGGAACCCCGUGGACAAGGAGGAGAAGUGCGCGGCGAGUUAGACCGCGUGGCCAGAGCCAGAGCCCGUUCUGGGCUGGCGAGCUUGAACCCCGGGGAUCGAACCGUCUCUCGCGCCCCUCGUAUAGCACUACCCAGCAGUAACAGCCGUCCGUCCGUUUUUACUGACGGCACCAUGGUGGAAAACAGCCUUGUUCCUUCUACCUGGAAUAUCUGUUUGAAAAACUGGGAGGAAGUCGAGUUCAGAGUGAGGAGGCUUUUCUUGCUUCACAGCAAUUCAUGGCCAUUCACAAAAUGUUUAUUGAGGAAUAUUUCAUGACUUACAAAGCACAGAAACUGUAAAAAAAAACAAUCUUUUUAAAGACGGUAUUCUUAAAUGCGCUGUAGAGUAACUAUCACUAGUGUCACAGGGGAUCACAGUUCUAGAAAAUGGCUCAUCAUUUAUGAGCGUGCUUUAAAGCUGCCUCUGUAGUCCAUCAACUGAAAAACAUUCCAAGAUUUUAACUAAAUGUUCUUUAGUGAUCUGUCUCAACAUUAGCGGCAAAACUCAUUUUCUCAUUUUCCUGGGAGCGAGUCUAUAUAAAUGCGACUAGUUUUCCUCCAACUCCACUCUGUGAGCUUGGCUUUACUGUGCAACGUGAAAAUAAACAGCUGGUGACACCACAUGUUUUGGAGGAGAACCACAGAUGUCUACACUCUCUAAGAAUCAGCAGUGGGAUUUGCACAUGAACGAGACGGUUGCCGGUAAUUGGACUUCCUAAACUGGGGUGGUAUUGGAUGUGUUCAGCCGCACCCCGGGUGGUAAAUUUAUAGGAGAAAAAACAGCAGAAUAAAACCUUCAAAGCUUGAAUUCUUUGCAGGAAAUAUUUAAUAGAAACUACACAUAUGCAGUCCAUUUCCUAUGUAGGAAUUACAGAGCAAAAUAAUCAGUGCAACAAAAACAGGAAAUCAAACAGGAAUUAACUAUAAUAGUAAGAAAGCAAAUCAGGUUGAAGAGAUGUGAUUUGUAUGAAGGGAGCUUAUUGUACAUUGAGCAUAACCACUUUCUCUCUACACUGAUGUUGAAAAACUGGCUGUGAAUUCAAAGCUGCUUCUCAGAAUCUAAAAGAUUGUUUCAGUAAUCUAUGAUCUCCAAAGUGUUCCAGUUUUUUUAAACUAAAAUGACACUCAACAGAUUUCAGAGCCAAGAGACUCUAUAUGUAUUAUGUCACUCCUUUCAUUGACUAUGUGCAGUGUUUGAAUGCUUUCUCCUCUUCUGAAGUGAUGUCAGAAUAAUAUUUUGCCAAAUUCUGAGGCUUUUGUUUUUUCUUUGUGAUAUUGCAGUUAAAACACAUUUAUGAAAUCUUGUGUGUGUUUUUCGGUUCAGGUCACAAAGAAUAAUUUUACCCAUUUUGCAAAGCAUGGCCAAAAUAAGACAUUUGUCAUACCUGUCUCACAUUGUUGUAUAUUCAGGUCCUUGAGGGCCCCAGUGUCUGCAGGUAUGUGUGGUUUCCAUUCAAUCAGCUGCUAAUUAGGGCCAUAAGAAGAAGGUGUGUGGAUUCUUUCGCCAAUCAACAAGUUACAAUUACAAAUUACUGGUGCUGAAGCACAGACCAGCAGACACUGCAGCCCUCCAGGACUGGAUUCUGAUACCUGUGGUGGAGAACUAUGACGACUUUCAAUUUAGCACAUUAUCAAUAUAUUGAUUAUUUUGUGUGUGUGUGUUGUCAACUCUGAUUUGUCAUCACUGAUUAACCUGUGUUUGCCUGUUUAACUGCAUAAUGUUUUAACUACACUUAAAGAAAAUAGCAGUGUAAAUAGGAUGUAAUGAAUUGGAAUAUGUGGCAAUGUUAGAAUGGACGUGUUAGAAUGUUAGAAUAGUAUAGGAGUGCUUCCAUUAUUUAAUGCUCAACUGACUUUGAUGAACUAUUGACUGUGUACUUGAAAAUAAAUAAUGUGUACUAUUUAAAAGGCAUAUUACAUAUUUAUCACAGUGUAUUUCAAAAUUAUACAGGUUUUGGCUCAGAAAUGGAAGUCAGAAAUGUAAAUACCAAAAAACCUUUCAAAAUAUUUUGUUAAAAAAAUUAUUUUCUGUACGACACUAAUGUCCUACUGAGUCAUUUUAUUUUAAAAAUCAAUAGAAGUACCUUAUUUACAGGGUACAACCUGUGAUGACUUGUUUGUUAUUAACAAUUACAAUUAAAAUAUAAUUUAAAUUCA